CCGACUGACCUCAAAACUGAAGGUGACGUAUUUCCGGUAGAGGUUCGCCAGGGGUCUGUAGCUUGCGCUUUUGCAAAAUACGAAAUGGCACAACGCAGCUGAACAGAUAUUGCUUUUAAAAUAAGGAUGAUGUGGGUUGUGAGAAGAUUUCUCUCGUCGGCGGUUUACAGGGGUCACUAUGCCGGGCAGUCCGGACCCCUGCUCCGACCUCGGUACGGCUCCCUUCCGGCGGACCUGGAGCUGCGCCACCUCCAGUGCACCUGUUGCUGGAAGAGCCGGGUUCCCGUGGCGGGUUUUGAGACCUUAAACGCCACUCUCACUUCUUCUUCUUCCUCGUCCCUGUCGCCUGAAUCCUGUAAGGACGACGGCAGGACUACGCUGGACGCCUGCUACACCUCCGAGCAGAGGGACACCAUCCUCCAGCUCUUCAACAACGCCACCUCGGCGGAGCUGGCCAGCGUCAAGCUGCUGAGAGGCCGCAAGUCGCUCAACAUCGUGGAGUACAGGACCAAACACGGACCGUUUAAAACUCUGGAGAGCGUGGUGAAUGUUCCGCUGCUGAAGCACAAGAGCGCCGUCAUAGUGUUCAACUCCAUCGUGAAUCCGGUGAAGAAGGAGAGGAAGGUUCGGAUACAGCUGGCCAAGUUCAUCAGACCGGAGGUGGACAGGUCUUGGUUGGAGGAUGCUACAUCCAUAGUAUCAAUAGUAUGUGGAACUAAUAAAAUCGCCUGGGCCCAUGUGGACCGGGGGAUGACCGUACUAGACUGGAAACAGGUGGAGUGUCCUAAUUUCUUGAAAGGGACGUACAUGGCUUCUUCUUACCUGAAUGAUGUGUCCACGGUCGUGUCCGUCUUGCCAUCAGCAGAUUUCUACCUGAUAGAGAAGCCCGCCCUCUCUGUGCAGAACACAGCUCUGUUUCCUGUCAUGGCCCACAUGAGGACUGUGGAGGCCAUGCUGUUUGCUCUGCUGGAGCCCAAAAUCUCCCCGCCAGAGCCCAAUAUUCCUCCCAGGGUUCUUAACAUGAUGAGGACCGCCGUGGGACGCCACUUCGACCUGAUUGUGGGGGAGUCUCGGACUAGCGGGGCUCAGGUAGUGCGCCGGCUGAUGACCGAGUCAGUAACGCAGAAGUUUCCCAGGAUAAACAUCCCCCAGGAACUGCUGGCCAAGUACAGGAACUACUUCCAGAUGGGCAGCAGGAGAGGAGGGGAGGAGCUGUGUGACGCUCUGCUGCAGGCUGUGGCUUUUUACGAGCUCCUCAGUGACUCUUCCUGUUAGCUGGAUAUGUUUGAUUCACCAUGAACAGACUUCACUGCAGACUCCUGAGGUGCAUCAUCGGUCCUUUAGCGCAUCCAUAGGGUGUUUAAAUGGGAUUAAUAUAAAAUUUGGUAUUUUGUAUUCGUCAUACAGCGAGUUAUUUUAUUUCUCCUCCUUUUGGAGGCGUGUAAAAUAUGUCAGGAUGGAUUUAAAGCGCACCUAAGGAAUAGUUUAACACAUCUAAAAAUACUUUUAUUUAUAUUUACUAUUUGCACUUUCAUGAAGAUAAAACAUGAUUAGUCAUCUCUAGGGCAAUAAAUCCAUCAGUCAGAGUUUAGGUCAAAUAAAUACGGUGAAACCUGUC